UUCUCCUUUUCCAACCUCCGCAGGCAGGAAGGAAAAACACAGGAGAAAAACACACGCACACACCGCCACCAAAUUUAUAUCUUUAUUGUAUACAUACAAACCCUGAUUUAUUAUAUAUCAUGCCUUCUCUUGCCGUUUUGUCUGAAACUUCUGAAACAACUACUAAAGUCAAGAAGAUGAUGAAGAACACCGCCACCGACACCGACACCGUCGCUCUCGAAUCUCCAAUUUCAAAAAAAGAAAAAAAGAGCAAAAAAAUUAUCUCUUCUGAUUCUGAAAAGUCAGAAAAGAAAUCCAAAAAGAAACGUAAAGCUGCUUCUGAUGAUGAUGAUAAUGAUACUAGCUCUGAACAAAUUCAACCUAAUAUCAAGGAUGAUGAGGGUGUGAAGAAAAGUAAGAAGAAGAAAAUAAAAUUGGAUGAAGAGGCAGCACUAGUUGAGGUUGUUAAGAAAGUAGAAGAGAAUCCGAAUGCGGUUACUAAUUUUAGAAUUUCGGAGCCGUUGAAGAAUGCUUUGAAGGCUAAGGGGAUUGAAGCAUUGUUUCCAAUUCAGGCCAGGACUUUUAAUUCUAUCUAUGAUGGUCUUGAUUUGAUUGGGAAAGCCAAAACUGGUCAGGGGAAAACAUUGGCUUUUAUAUUGCCAAUAUUGGAGUCUUUAAUCAAUGGACCUGAGAAAGCAACUAGGAGGACCGGGUACGGGCGGUCACCUACGAUUCUUGUGCUUUUGCCAACUAGGGAGUUAGCAAAGCAGGUGUUUACGGAUUUCAAAUAUUACGGUGAGGCUGUUGGCUUGAGUUCAUGUUGUUUGUAUGGUGGUGGAGGGGCAUCUAUUGGUCCUCAAACUGUUCAACUGAAAAGAGGAGUGGAUAUUGUUGUCGGAGCUGUUGGUCGUGUUAAGGAUCAUAUUGAGAGAGGGAACCUUGACUUGUGCUCAUUGAAAUUCCGUAUCCUUGAUGAAGCUGAUGAAAUGUUGAGGCAAGGUUUUGUUGAAGAUGUUGAAUAUAUUCUAGGCAAGGUGAAUGAUGCCACCAAAGUUCAAACAGUUCUGUUCAGUGCAACUUUACCAGCUUGGGUGAAUCAUAUUGCAUCGAAGUUUUUGAAAUCAGACAAGAAGAUUGUAGAUCUUGUUGGUGUUCAGGUAAUGAAGGCCAGUGAAAAUGUUAGACACAUCAUCAUGCCUUGUUCUUGGACAGCAAGAUCACAGGUCAUUCCUGAUAUCAUUCGCCAUCAUAGCAGUGGUGGCCGUACCAUUAUUUUCACCGAGACAAAGGAUUAUUGCUCUGAACUAUCUGGACUACUGACAGGAGCCCGACCGUUACAUGGUGACAUUCAACAGUCUGUGCGAGAGCAAACACUUGCGGGAUUCCGAUCAGGCAAGUUCAUGACAUUGGUGGCCACAAAUGUGGCAGCUCGAGGACUCGAUAUUAAUGAUGUCCAGCUGAUCAUCCAGUGUGAACCACCACGUGAUGUUGAAGACUAUAUUCACCGAUCUGGGAGGACAGGGAGAGCUGGGAAGUCUGGUGUUGCCAUUACACUUUAUGAGCCAAGGAAGGCCAAUAUCUCCAAGUUAGAGAGAGAAGCGGGUGUCAAAUUUGAACAUAUAUCUGCUCCUCAACCGGCUGAUAUUGCUAAAGCUGCUGGUGGAGAUGCAGCAGAGGCAAUAAUACAAGUUGCCGACAGUGUCAUCCCUGUCUUCAAGUCAGCUGCAGAGGAGUUGUUAAAUUCUUCUGGCCUAACACCGGUGGAACUUCUUGCUAAGGCGCUUGCCAAGAGUGUUGGAUAUACAGAAAUUAAAAAGAGGUCACUUCUAUCGUCCAUGGAGAACUUUGUGACACUACAUCUUGAUGCUGGAAGACCUUGUUAUACACCUUCAUUCGCAUAUGGUGUCUUGAGAAGGUUUCUGCCUGAAGAAAAAGUAGAGUCAAUUCAAGGUUUAGCCCUAACUGCUGAUCAAAGAGGUGCUGUCUUUGAUGUUCCUGUGGAAGACUUGGAUAUGUUCCUUGCUGGCCAGGAGAAUGCUACAGGAGUGAGCUUGCAGGUGGUCAAGGAGCUGCCACAAUUGCAAGAAAAAGAGCAGGCCAGAUCAAGAUUUAGCAGCGGUAGUAAUGGGUUCUCUCGUGGACGUAAUUUCUCUGAUCGCCGGAAUGAUAGAUUUUCUAGAGGUUCUGGAGGCAGAAGUGGUGGUGGUGGUAGUAGAGGCGGCCGUGGGAGUUACAAGAGAUAUUAAAAAGCGUCAGUAUCCAAACAAUACAAUACGUGUUUUAUAGACAACCCGCCGUUUCUCUUCAAGCAUGUGAGCAGUUUUGAUUAUUGCCAAUAUGGGCUCCUAAUUAUAAUAGUGUUAUUUUGUUAUCCAGUUUCUCUAAUUAGUUUAGUUUCUAUUCUUUGGGGUAUGUUUUUCAUUUCCCCACUUUUUUUGUUUAAUGUAUCAGAGUGGGAUAAUUGACAUUUUCUUUUCUAUAUUAAUAUCUGUUGUGUGUUUAUGGUAAAA